AUGGAGAUGGCCUCGUACCAAGAAAAUCUCGAGACACUAGAGAUCCCUGAGGACAAUUUGCUUACAGCUGACCUUAGUAUCUCCCUGAGGACGAUUUGCUUACAGCUGACCUUAGUCGUCGAUGGAAACGACGCAUCAGAUCCCAUGAUGAGGUUGGCGGAAAAGUGA